GCGCAGCGGUACGUGGCUUGCUGUGCGCGGGGCGGAGGCCCGGGGUCAAGGAGCAAAGCCGGCACAAGAUGGCGGCGGUAGCUGCGGUGGCGGCGCGAAGGAGGCGGUCUCGAGUGAGUUUGGUGCUGGCGUUGCUAGGGCUCUUCCUGGUGAGCGCCCUUGCUGUAGACAGAAGCAACUUUAAGACCUGUGAAGAGAGCUCCUUCUGCAAGCGGCAGCGAAGCCUCCGGCCAGGACUCUCUCCGUACCGAGCCUUGCUGGACUCUCUGCAGCUUGGGCCUGAUGGCCUCACAGUCCAGCUGGUCCACGAGGUCACCAAGGUGGUGCUGGUACUGGAGCUGCAAGGGCUUCAGAAGAACAUGACUCGGCUCAGGGUGGACGAGCUGCAGCCCCUGCGGCCCCGCUACCGGGUGCCUGAUGUCCUCGUGGCUGAGCCCCCGGUGGCACGGCUGUCUAUCUCUGGCCGUGAUGACAACAGUGUGGAGGUGACGGUGGCUGAGGGGCCCUACAAGAUCAUCCUGACUGCAAGGCCUUUCCGUCUGGACCUGUUGGAGGGCCGCAGCCUCCUGCUCAGUGUCAACGCCCGAGGGCUCCUGGCGUUUGAGCACCAGAGGCUCCGCAGGGUCCCUUUCUCGGAUAAAGUUAGUCUCACGCUCGGUAGCAUGUGGGAUAAGAUCAAGAACAUUUUCUCUAGGCAAGGAGCAAAAGACCCAGCUGAGGGCGAUGGGACCCAGCCUGAGGACGAGGCUGGGGACGGAGACAAGCCAGAGGAAACCCAGGAGACAGUAGAGACAGAAGAGCCAGGGGCUUGGGAGGAGACCUUCAAGACUCACUCGGACAGCAAGCCCUACGGCCCCACAUCUGUGGGCUUGGACUUCUCCCUGCCGGGCAUGGAGCAUGUGUAUGGGAUCCCCGAGCAUGCAGACAGCCUGCGGCUGAAGGUCACUGAGGGUGGGGAGCCGUACCGCCUGUACAACCUGGACGUGUUCCAGUACGAACUGGACAACCCCAUGGCCCUGUACGGGUCUGUGCCUGUGCUGCUGGCUCACAGCUCUCACCGAGACCUGGGUAUCUUCUGGCUCAAUGCCGCCGAGACCUGGGUUGACAUUUCCUCCAACACGGCGGGGAAGACCUUGUUUGGAAAGAUGCUGGACUACCUGCAGGGCUCCGGGGAGACCCCUCAGACAGACGUCCGCUGGAUGUCGGAGAGUGGCAUCAUCGACGUCUUCCUGCUCCUUGGGCCCUCUGCAUUCGAUGUCUUUCGGCAGUAUGCCAGCCUCACGGGGACCCAGGCAUUGCCCCCGCUCUUCUCCCUCGGCUACCACCAGAGCCGCUGGAACUACUGGGAUGAGGCUGACGUGCUGGAAGUGGACCAGGGCUUUGAUGACCACAACUUCCCCUGUGAUGUGAUCUGGCUGGACAUCGAGCAUGCUGAUGGCAAGCGGUACUUCACCUGGGACCCCAGCCGGUUCCCUCAGCCCCGCAACAUGCUCGAGCGCCUGGCCUCCAAGCGGCGGAAGCUGGUGGCCAUUGUGGACCCCCACAUCAAGGUCGACUCUGGCUACCGAGUACAUGAGGAGCUGCAGAACCAAGGCCUCUAUGUGAAGACCCGGGAUGGCUCUGACUACGAGGGUUGGUGCUGGCCAGGCUCUGCUGGUUACCCCGACUUCACCAAUCCUGCCACGAGGGCCUGGUGGGCCAGCAUGUUCAGCUUUGACAACUACGAGGGCUCUGCUCCCAACCUCCACAUCUGGAAUGACAUGAACGAACCAUCUGUAUUCAACGGCCCCGAGGUGACCAUGCUCAAGGAUGCCCAGCAUUACGGGGGCUGGGAGCACCGCGACAUCCAUAACAUCUAUGGCUUCUACGUGCACAUGGCGACUGCAGAUGGGCUCAUCCAGCGCUCCGGGGGUGUUGAGCGCCCAUUUGUCCUGAGCAGGGCAUUCUUUGCUGGCUCCCAGCGCUUUGGAGCUGUAUGGACAGGGGACAACACUGCUGAGUGGGACCACUUGAAAAUCACUGUCCCUAUGUGUCUGAGCCUGGGGCUGGUGGGACUUUCCUUCUGUGGGGCGGAUGUGGGCGGCUUCUUCAAGAACCCAGACCCCGAGCUGCUUGUGCGGUGGUACCAGAUGGGUGCCUACCAGCCCUUCUUCCGCACUCACGCCCACUUGGACACAGGGCGGCGGGAGCCCUGGCUGCUACCACCUCAGCACCAAGAUGUAAUUCGAGAAGCCUUGCGCCACCGGUACUCCCUGCUGCCCUACUGGUACACCCUCUUCUACCAGGCCCACCGAGAGGGCGUCCCUGCCAUGAGGCCCCUCUGGGUGCAGUAUCCUCAGGACGUGAGCACCUUCAGCAUCGAUGACCAGUUCCUGCUGGGGGACGCGCUCCUGGUUCACCCUGUGUCGGAUGCUGGGGCUCAUGGUGUGCAGGUCUAUCUGCCUGGCCCCGGGGAGGUGUGGUAUGACAUUCAGAGCUACCAGAAGCACCAUGCUCCACAGACCCUGUACCUGCCCGUAACUCUGAGUAGUAUCCCUGUGUUCCAGCGAGGAGGGACGAUUGUGCCCCGGUGGAUGCGUGUGCGGCGCUCCUCAGACUGCAUGAAGAAUGACCCCAUCACGCUCUUUGUUGCCCUCAGCCCCCAGGGUACUGCCCAGGGUGAGCUCUUCCUGGACGACGGGCACACGUUCAACUAUGAGACGCGCCAGGAGUUCCUGCUACGGCGCUUCUCCUUCUCUGGCAGCACGCUGGCCUCCAGCUCCGCAGACCCCCGAGGCCACUUUGAGACUCCAGUGUGGAUUGAGCGGGUGGUGAUCAUGGGAGCCGGGAAGCCUGCCGAUGUGGUGCUCCAGACCCCAGGAGCUCCCGAGAGCCGCUUGUCCUUCCAGCACGACCCCGAGACCUCGGUGCUGGUUCUGCGCAAGCCUGGCGUCAACGUGGCCUCUGACUGGAGCAUUCACCUGCAAUAACCCAGGGUGGCGGUGGAGAGUCACCUCUUCAGCCUCUGACGUCACCCUCCUUACCUGAGACCAGACGCCACCGAACAUCAGGCCUCGAUGAGAGGGCUGUCCCUGGACUCCGAGUUCCUCUGCGACCUGCCCUCCCCUCCACCGCUGUCAGUUCGAAGCCUUCUCCCCGACCCCACGUCCUGUGGCUGUGAGGACCACCAGGCUCUGCCUGCUCUCCCUGCCCUCCGCGCCUGUGUCAAUGCCUUGAAGAAGACGAGCGGUGAACUUAAGGCUCCUCCUCUCCUCCCCUCUCCCCACCCGACUGCCUCCCUCUGUUUACUUCUCCCUGGCUCUGCCCUGCCAGGCCACUGCCCCACGGGUACACUGGGACCACCUCAGCUGGCAAGGGAGGUGCGGAUCGGGGUGUGGCUGCUGCGGAACCCCAUCUCUCCUCCUGACCUCUCCCUCUGGGAGGAGUGCUGCCUCCCUGGCCCUGGGGAAGGUGUUUCCAUGGCUUCUCAGUGAAGAGGGAUGGGCAUUAAGCUGCUUCCUUUAUGGUCCCUUUGGGGUGUGCAAGAUGGAGAAAUUGGUUGUGGUUUCGUGGGAUCACGGUCACCUGUAUUUAUUGCUGGGGGAAGACAGGGUGGGGGAGAUGAUCAUGUGUGCCCAGGUUUGGCCCGAAGCCCUGGGUGGGGGUCGGGAGGACUAAUGGGGAAAUGGGAUGGGGUGGGGGGGAUUAUUUUUUUUUUUACCUCUUGGCCCCAACUGUGACUCGUUUUGAUAAGAGAAACAAUAAAGAGAGAAAGGACACGGAA